CUUAUCAAAAAUCAAUGAAAAAUAUGUAAAAUAUAAUAUAGUAGAGGAAUUUUAAUUGGUUUCCUUGAGCCCGAUUAAAACAAAAUUCACAAAGAUGGUAGGAAAAGUAUGGUAUUUUCAACGUGAAGAGAAGUGUCCUCUACUUCUCUAAUGGCACAGGCCUCAAAAUUUGAGACUUAAAACUUCUGUGUAUAUAAACUGCUCAAUAAAUAUCAGUGCUUACCUCGUACAUUUGCUCUCUUCUCAGGCUUACAUUUUUUUUUUUUUUUUGCAGAUAACUGCAUAAGAAAAAGAAGAAGAAGAAGAAGAGAUCAAGAGAAACCGAGCCUGACCCAUAAGAAUCCAUUCAUAAUCAGUGUAUAGAACCGCAUAAAGAUGGGGUUUUUGUCAUUGUUGGAGGUGGCUUCUAUGCCAGUGAUUCAAGUUCUCAUCAUAAGUCUUGUUGGAGCUUUCUUAGCCACUGAUCGAUGCAAGGUCUUCCCUGUCGAAGCCCGUAAUUCCAUGAACAAGGUGGUGUUUGUAGUGUUUACACCGGCUCUCAUGUUUGCAAAUCUAGCACAGACGGUCACGCUUCAGGACAUGAUCUCAUGGUGGUUUAUGCCGGUGAAUAUGGGACUUACAUUCUUAAUCGGAGGAAUUCUUGGUUGGAUGGUUGUUAAGAUUCUGAAACCACCUCCUUAUCUUGAAGGUCUUAUUGUUGCAACUUGUUCUUCAGGAAAUAUGGGGAACCUACCAAUCAUACUUGUUCCAGCAAUCUGUGACGAGGACAAGAGUCCAUUUGGUAACCGAAGUGUAUGCAGAACCGUUGGCCUCUCUUACGCGUCUUUCUCAAUGGCGCUAGGGGGUUUCUACCUAUGGACUUACACAUUCCGAUUGAUAAAUGGGUCGGCAAUGAAACUUCGAGACAUAGAAGAAUCAGAGAAAUUAGCAAGAAUUAAAUCAUCCAACAGUGACGUAGAAUCUGAUCACAUGACCCAUCUCCUCGGUGCAACUGAAGAAAAGAAAAAGUCAGGCUUUUGGAGAACACUAGUAGAUUUUUUCCAUGAGAUACUUGAGGAGCUUCUCGCACCACCAACACUUGGUGCAAUUGUUGGUUUCAUAUUCGGUGCAGUUAAAUGGCUAAGAAAUCUGAUCAUAGGUGAUGAUGCUCCUCUACGAAUAGUCCAAGCCACUGCAAAACUUCUUGGAGAUGGGACCAUUCCUUGCAUGACGAUUAUACUAGGAGGCAACCUCAUCAGGGCCGUGCCUACGAAGGAGUUAAAGAAACCUUCGCCUACGGCCUCAAAAUUUUAUGAAAUAUUUUGAAAGCAAAAGAUAGAAUAAAUUAGUAUUAUAUAUAUCUAUAAAUAUUCUAAGCUUAUGUUCUUAUCGUUAAUAUCUCAAAGUUUGUUUUUUAGAAUCUAAAGUCAACUGUUAUGUCCAUAAAUAUUUUUCUUAACUUUUGAAUUUUGUUUUUUGUAUUAUAUUCAUACAUUUAUUUUGCCUUUUUCAUUUUUACCACAUUAUCUAUUUUUUUUUCAAAAAAAAAAAUCACCAACUUCUUAUUUUCUGUAAUAUGAUUUAUUUUAUUUUUUACUUACCUUUAGUUUACAAUUUAACUAAUAUAUUACAGUGUAAUCUCUAUAAACUAAUAACGUUGAAUCAUGAAUUUUUACAAAAAUAUUAGUAAUUUAUAGUAAUUAUUAAUUUAGAAGUAUACUAUUUAGUUGAUAAACUAAUUUUAGAACUGAUAAAAAUAUUAAUUUAUCUAGGUAUUAAUGAAUCAAAUACUAAUUUAUAAAGGUUUUACUGUAUAUACAAUGUUAAUUUUUUUUAUUUUUUACAAUGUUGUAUCUUAUGUAUUACAAUUAUAUAUAUACACCAAACAUAAAAUAAUUUAAAAUCUCUUUUAUAAAUAAUUCUAUUAAUAUUUUCUUUCACAUAAAUUAGUUAUUUUUAAAAUAAUUAUUUAAUAAAAAUGUUGUUUUUGUUUUUCGCCUACGGCAUUAAAAACCUUUGGCACGGCUCUGAACCUCAUGCAAGGUUUACGUUCUUCAGCAAUAAAACCAGUGGUUGUACUUGGAAUAGUAUGUGCUCGGUACAUAAUUCUCCCAAUUAUCGGAAUAGGCAUUGUUAAAACAGCUGCAAGUUUUGGAUUUCUUCCAUUGGAUCCUUUGUUUCAGUAUGUUUUAAUGCUUCAGUUCACACUCCCGCCUGCCAUGACUAUUGGUACAAUGACACAGCUGCACAAUGUAGGGCAAGACGAGUGCUCAAUGCUCAUGCUUUGGACAUACUUGAUCGCGAUUCCUGCACUCACUGUUUGGUCCACAAUCUUCCUUCAGUUGUUAGUCUAGAGCACAACAAGAUUCUCUCUCUCUCUUUACAAUUUACAUAAUUCUCCCAUUUUUGACACAUAAAUUGUAUCCAAUAUUACAAGAAUUUGAUGGAAAGGCAUAUUGUUAUCCAAGAACAACAUAUGUUUUGAGUUUGAUAUUCAUUAAUGUUUCCUGAGAGAUCCAAUGGGUUAUCUGCAAUACUUAUAUUGUUAGGC